CCGAAGCCAGCAGCCCGACCUCAAAGGCUAUUAGUUAGCCAAUGCCAUCUUCGACCUCUUCCACCUUUCUUUCCACCGGCAUUCCUUCAGAUUCGAUGACGGGAUUUUAUCCCAAAGCUCAACAACCUCGAGAAUAGCUGCGAAUAUACUUGAAAUAGACGCAUAAGCCCGAUUUUUUGGUUCCGUUCCUACCUACCGGAGCUUCCGUUUCCCGAACCAAACAAAAAAACAAGCAUCGUGCAGUUUCCCGGAACCGUUGCAUCUCGCCGAGAAUCCUCCCCCAUCAAGAACAAGAUUCCCCGUUCGUGAGCCACACGAGCACUCGCCCGCCAAAUGGCCCGAACGCACACGGUGACCCUACCGGUCAUCGCUCUGCCUCGAGGCAGCGUGCUGCUACCGGGCGUCGUGCAGCGCAUCGCCGUCUCGUCGAACCGCCCGGAUAUCGCUUCGUUGCUGGCCGCCGUCUACACCCGCGCGGCUUCCAAGACGCCCAACGGUCGCAUCGACACCGUCCCCAUAGCUUGCGUCCCGCUGGCCUCCCCUCUCCUCGGCCCCGAUGGACAGCUCUUGAUCGAGGACGGCGAGGGCGCCGCCAGCACCGACCGCGCCCAGGUCGACCCGGCAAAGGCAACCAAGGCCGACCUCUACGGCUGGGGCGUCGCCGCCAAGAUCACGGGCGUCGAGGGGCGCGGCACCGGCGAGUUCACAUUGCUCGUGGAGGGAGUCGUGCGUGUCCGCGUGGACAAGAUUUACCGAGACAAGUCUUACCCGGAGGGCAAGGUGGUCUACUACCAGGACGAGAGCGCCCGCCCCGACCCGGCGCUCGAGGAUCUCUUCCAGCAUCUGAAGCUGCUCUCCAGGGAGCUGGUUGCCAUCCUCAGGCUCUCCUCCAUCCUCCCCCGGCCCGCCGGCACCCCCGGCCUGUCGCCUUUGCUGGCCCGUCGCCUCGACCUCUUCAUCACGAGGCAGAGGCAGCCGGGCGCUCUCGCCGACUUCAUGGCCAACAUCGUCGAGAGCUCCUACGAGGAGAAGCUUCAGGUCCUGGCCCUGCCGGACGUCAAGGCGCGCGUAACCAAGGUGAUCGAGUUGCUCGACCGCCAGAUCGGCAACAUCAAGAAUAGCAUCAAGAUCACCACCGUAACCACCACCACCCUGCCAUUCGAUCCCGAUCCGACCAGGAAGGACAUCGACAAGAUCAUCCGGCCGAGCAGGCCCGGCCUGCCCAUCAAGCUGGGCGUACCCGGCACCGGCGUGGUCCCGCCCUCCGGGGCCAUCGGUCAGCCCGGCGGCGGCGGCGGGGACUCGGAGGAGGAUCAGGAACCCAACGAGAUAGACGAGCUGCAAAAGAAGCUCGACGCGGCGAAGCUGACUCCCGAAGCCGCCAAGGUGGCCGAAAGGGAGCUCAAGCGACUCAGGAAGAUACACCCCGCCCAGGCCGAGUACGCCGUCACCCGGACCUACCUCGAGACGCUGGCCGAGAUCCCCUGGACGACCACCACGGACGACCGCCUGGGCUCUCAGACCCUCGCCCGGGCGCGGAAGCAGCUGGACGACGACCACUACGGCCUCGAGAAGGUCAAGAAGCGCCUGCUGGAGUAUCUCGCCGUUCUCAGGCUGAAGCAGUCCGUCAACGACGACGUCGAUGCCCAGAUCAAGAAGGCCGAGGAGGAGAUGGGCGCGAUCGAGGCGGCGAGCAGGGACGACAAGGCCGAUGCCGGUUCCGGGCCGGACCCCGGCGUGGAGGACAAGAUCAGGGCGAACAGCGCCAAGCUGGAGGUCCUGAGGAGCAAACGCAUGGUGGACAAGUCGCCCAUCCUCCUGCUCGUCGGGCCCCCGGGAGUCGGCAAGACGAGCCUCGCCCGGUCCGUGGCCAUGGCUCUGGGGAGGAAGUUCCACCGCAUCUCGCUGGGCGGCGUGCGGGACGAGGCCGAGAUCCGCGGUCACCGGCGCACCUACGUCGCCGCCAUGCCCGGCCUAAUCGUCCAGGGCCUCAAGAAGGUGGGCGUGGCGAACCCGGUCUUCCUGCUCGACGAGAUCGACAAGGUGGGCGGCUCGAGCGUGCACGGAGACCCGUCUGCGGCGAUGCUCGAGGUGCUCGACCCCGAGCAGAACCACGCCUUCACCGACCACUACGUCAACAUCCCCAUCGACCUGAGCAGGGUCAUGUUCAUCGCUACGGCGAACACCCUCGACACCAUCCCGCCCCCGCUGCUCGACCGCAUGGAGACCAUCUACAUCCCGGGCUACACCACGCUGGAGAAGCGGCACAUCGCCAUGCAACACCUCGUGCCCAAGCAGAUCCGCAUCAACGGCCUGAGCGAGGAUCAGGUAGUCUUCACCGAAGAGGUGGUCUCCAAGAUCAUCGAGUCCUACACCCGCGAGGCGGGCGUCCGCAACCUCGAGCGCGAGAUCUCCUCGGUCCUCCGCGGCAAGGCGGUCGAGUAUGCCGACGCCAAGGACGCGGGCCAUCCGGAGAGGUACAACCCCCGCCUCAGCGUCGAAGACCUGGAGCGCUUCCUGGGCAUCGAGAAGUUCGAGGAAGAGAUCGCCGAGAAGACCAGCCGGCCGGGCAUCGUCACCGGCCUCGUGGCGUACAGCUCCGGCGGCAACGGCAGCAUCCUCUUCAUCGAGGUGGCCGACAUGCCGGGCACCGGCACGGUGCAGCUGACGGGCAAGCUGGGCGACGUCCUCAAGGAGAGCGUCGAGGUGGCGCUGACCUGGGUCAAGGCUCACGCGUACGAGCUGGGCCUGACGCAGAGCCCGACCGCCAACAUCAUGAAGGAGCGCAGCAUCCACGUUCAUUGCCCCUCCGGCUCCAUCCCCAAGGACGGGCCCAGCAGCGGCAUCGCCCAGGCCAUCGCUCUGAUCUCGUUGUUCUCUGGAAAGGCCGUGCCGCCUACCAUGGCCAUGACCGGCGAAAUUUCGCUGCGCGGACGCAUUACGGCCGUCGGAGGAAUCAAGGAGAAACUGAUUGGCGCACUCCGUGCCGGUGUCAAGACGGUGCUACUGCCGGCCCAAAAUCGCAAGGACGUCAAGGAUCUGCCGCAGGAGGUCAAGGAUGGACUAGAGAUCAUCUAUGUCAGCCACAUUUGGGAAGCCAUCCGGCACGUCUGGCCCGACAGCCGCUGGCCUGGCGAGCACGACCAUCAUCCUGGUGUCGAUAGCCGGCUCUGAAGAGAAACGGACGCAUGGACGGACGAAUGAACGGUUAUGAUGUAGAGACGAAUGAACGAGGAAGUUGCGCGAUGAUGAGCCAGAACCUCUCAUAGGCCCUCCCAAUCUCCUUCCUGUCCGUUUGAUCGAGGGGUAGGGCGCGGGGAACGGCGACACCAUGCACGCAACACGCGCGCGCACACAGUCACACGCAAGUACGCCCGAAGAGAGAGGAGAGGGGGAGGGG